AUGAUGCACCGCGGAAAGAAUGACGAUGAUUCUCGGCCGCCAGAUCCAAACCGAAUCGAUAUCGACCUUCAGCUGUCCAUUCUAAGAUAUUUACCUACACCUGUGUUAGUAUUGGAUCAGAAUCGGAAAGCGCUAUGGACAAAUUGGAAAGCGGAGGCUUUAUUAGGAGGCGGGGACUCUUUGAGAGAAUCUGAAAGUCCAAUAAUUGGAAAGCAUUUGGACGAGCUGGGUGUCAGAUUGUUGGAUGAUCGUUCGUGGGCGCCAGUCCUCAAAGAUGUUGAGCUUUCUCGACUUGCUGAUACUUUACCCCAUUUUGGAGACUCUAAUUCGUCUGGUGGGUUCGAGGUUGUUGUGAACAAUGCAUUCAAGCUGAAGAAUCAGAAACGCUUUUUUCGAGUUUGCAUUGAGGUAUUGAAUGGGGUUAAUGGUAUUCAUUUCAUUUUCUCCUUCGAAUUAUCGACAUCCAUGGAAGGAGAUGAUUCGGCCAACUCGAAUUCAAAGUCAACAUCAACAUCAACAUCAACAUCAAAUGAAGAGAGAGAUCCUCAAGGAAAAUCAACAUUGCGAACGAGAGAGCAAACCCUUUGUGAUUUGCGAAAUGCAGUGUUUGAAAGUGUUAAUACGGCAGCAUUCUUCAUUACUGCAGACGAGGGGUUUCACUUGCCAAAUCGAAAGGUUCGAGAUAUUUUAGGUGAUGUCAUGGGAGAUGAUGAGGAUGGACACGAAGGGUUGGCUUUCUUAGAUACCCUAGAGGUAUGGGAUGAAACAUACACUCAUCAAUUACCGCCUGAGGAAUAUCCCGGAGCAGUGUUGAUAAGAACUCGACAACCUUUUACCAACUAUAGAUGUGGAUUUCUGCAUCCCACAAGCGGAAAUCGCAUGACAGGCUUACUUACUGGGGAAUGUCUUUACGAUGAAACGACUGGAGACUUCUUAGGGGCGAUAAUCUGGUGUGAUAUUCAAGAUUAUGGUGAAUAUCUGAUGGAAAAACAGGACAAUUUAUUACGAAGUCACGAAACAAUCUGUGAUUUGAUGCCGCAUCUAGUUUGGACGGCUACGCCCGAUGGAAAAUGCGACUGGUAUUCUGAAAGGUGGUAUCAAUUCACAGGUAUGUCCAAGGAAGAAUGUCUCGGCACCAAUUAUAAGAACGUGAUUCAUCCAGAGGACUUGCCCCUACUUUUAGAAAAGUGGAUAGAAGGUCGAGGAACGGGCGAGGAUUGUGAGGUUGAGAUACGGUACCUAAGGCAUGAUGGAAUCUACAGAUGGAUGCACACGAGAGCUUGCCCACUACUUGAUGAUAAUGGAGAAGUUCUGAAGUGGUAUGGAACAAAUACAGAUAUAACUGAUAUUGUGUUAUCACGAAUCGAGGCUAAGAGGAACAAACAUCAAAUGUUAACUGUCCUAGCUCAUACCGAAGUCAAUUUGUUUUGCGUGGAUGAGGACAGAUUGAUUACAAUGGCAGAAGGGGGGAUGUUAUGGGGUACGAAGACUGAAGAGAUGUGUCUAGACAAGGCGAGUCUGACUGGAAGGGAUGUCAUCGAACUUAUGCAAAGCACGCAACCUGGGGGUAUACCGGGUCAUGAGAGAUCUAUCUGCGAAAUCUUGGCUGGAAAAGUAGAGAUGGUAACAUGUGAAGAAAAGAUAGGAGAAAGAAGUUACCGAACACGUUUAGUAGCAGAUUUAGAACACAACAGUGAUGAUGUCGGAAAAGCACCAAAGGUCAUAGGUUGUUUGGGCUUCAGUAUUGAUAUCACGGAUGUGGAAAAACGAGCACAGUUAGAGAUGGAUAACACGAGGUUGAUGAUUGAGGAACAGGCAGCUAAAGAUUCAUCUAAGUUGAAAAGUCAAUUUCUAGCCAAUAUGUCGCAUGAGAUGCGCACUCCAACAGCGGGUGUGAUUGGUAUGGUGGAUCUACUUAGUGAAGAUGAAUCUUUAACAUCUUCACAACGCGAAUACGUUUCUAGUAUCCAACUCUCAGGACGAGCCCUCCUAACCAUUGUCAACGACAUCCUCGACUUCUCCAAAAUUGAAUCCGGCCGUCUCGACAUUGAAGAGGUUCCUUUCAGUCUCUGUUCUACCGUGGGAGAAUUAUGUAAAUUGUUAAGCGUUUUUGCUAAUCAGAAAAAUUUGGAUUUCACUUACAAAAAUGAGAUUGACGAAAGUCUGGAAGUUUUGGGAGAUCCGGGACGAAUCAGACAAGUGUUGUCAAAUCUUCUAACUAAUUCGCUAAAAUUUACGGAGAAUGGAUCUAUAGAGAUAAGCGCGAAAUGGAAGAUGAUACCGCAAUCAGAUGAUGUUGAAAGCGAUAUAAUGGAGGUAACUUUCGUGAUAAAGGAUACUGGUAUAGGCAUUUCGAAAACGACCUUGGAUAAGUUAUUCAAACCCUUCAGCCAAGGGGAUUCCUCGACGGCAAGAUUGUAUGGCGGGACGGGCUUAGGCUUAACUAUAUCGAGAAAUCUGGCAACCCUAAUGUCUGGUACUAUAGCUCUAGAUUCAGAUGAAGGAAUUGGGAGCACAGCUACAUUUAAGAUCCCAUUGAAGAUAUCCUCCAAUUGCCGCUACCCUCAACAAUCUACAGUUUCGACUCAACGCGGCUUUUCUUUCACUACUAAUAAUCCUAGUAUACAAUCUCACUCAAGUCGAUCAAUACCUCAUCGACCAGCUCUUCAUCGAGGGCCAGUAACUCAACAGACUUUAAAUCAACAAAUCUCAACAUGUGACACGAAUCAUCUUCUUCCUCCAUAUCUACGUAAUGAAAGAAAUGAUAGAGAAGGUGGGCUGAGACUUUCAGUAGGAGAACGAGCAAAGGUCCUUGUUCUUGUUGUUGAAGAUAAUGCAAUUAACCAAACGAUCGCAUUGAAAACUAUCCAAAACUUGGGGUUUCAAGCAACAGCUGUUUGGAAUGGACGAGAAGCACUGAAUUACUUGAGCAAUCCUGGACCAUCUAAGCCCAGACCAGAUAUCAUUUUGAUGGAUGUGCAAAUGCCAAUUAUGGAUGGUUAUGAAGCGACAAGGCUCAUAAGGACGAACGAGGAGUACGAAAGGGAUCCGAACCAUGAUAAAGAGCCUCUAGGAAUUGCGAAAAGUUUGGCCAGCAUGAGAAAUCCGAAUGAUAGCAGAUCAGAGUCACAGAACCCGACUAAUAGCAUAAAACCCAAAGCGAAUCCUCCUCGAAUAAAUAGCCAACUAAGAAGUCUUCCGAUAAUAGCCAUGACGGCUAGUGCGAUUCAAGGAGAUCAAGAAAAAUGUAUUGAGGCUGGCAUGGAUGGGUAUUUGAGUAAACCGGUUGAGAAGGAAAGAUUGGAGGAGACUCUGGUAUAUUGGGUGCGGAAGGCAAUGAAUGAUCGAGAACCAACGGGUGAAGGCAGACAUGGAAAGAAUGAUUCUGGUGUUGUGAUGCUGGAUGAAAAUUUAACCUAG